GAGUUAAACUUAUUCCCACUAAGGAUGGAAGGCAAUUUCCUCCCUGAAACCUUGGCUCUCUAUGCUUCCUUCACUCCACCCUCAACAAAUGUGCAGGAUAUGAAAUUGCUGAGGCAUCCACUGCUUUCUGCUUCCCUUUGAAAUCUUAGUUCCCUUAUUUUAAAAAAUAUUUUGCCUUGGUGAUCAUUUCUCAACACUCCCUCAGCCCAGGAGCCUGAGAAGUCCCUACCGGGCCCACUCUCCUCCUGCAUCACCUCUCUUCACACGAAGAUGAAGGUCUCCAUGGCUGCCAUCUUCUGCCUCCUCCUCAUCAUCACCACCAUUGCCCUAGGGUCCAAGAGUAAAUCCUCCUCACGAGGACCUUACCACCCCACGGAGUGCUGCUUCACCUACGUUACCCACACAGUCCUGCGUCAAUGGAUUAUAGAUUAUUACGAGACCAGCAGCCAAUGCUCCAAGCCUGGAGUUGUGUUCAUCACCAAAAAGGGCCGUUCCAUUUGUGCCAACCCCAGUGAUGACUGGGUCCAGGACUACAUCAAGGAGCUGGAGGAGAUCUGAGUGACCCAGAAACAAUGGAGAAGGGCACAGCUCAGAACCUUAAAGAGAAGAGGCCAAGGCCCCCCUUCCACUCCCAACUCUCAGCCCCAAUUACUUCUUGGGAGCUGCCCUGCCUUGAAUUAAA